GGCGGGGGAGCUCAGAUGAGGCUGCGAGCGGCGGCCGGUGUCGCGCUGCGGGCAAGUUUGCAGAACCGGAAGCGGGAGGGAGGAGAGAGGGCGGGAAGGAAGGAGGGCGAAGGGCCGCCUCCCCGCUCCGCCCGCGCGCUCCUCGACCCUCCCUCCCACGAGGGCGCCCGCCUGGAGGAGCUGCCGCAGCGGCAUCGAUCCAGCUCCGCCCAGGCAGGGCGAGACUUGGCCGGCUUCUCGGGGUUCCUUCCUUUGAGGAGGGAGGCUUCACGAUUGUACCACACCAUGCAAGUAGCUGAGGAUGCCUGCACCAAUUUUGAGGAUGAGCUGCUCUUCUGUGAAGACUGCCGCCUUUACUUCCGGGACUCCUGCCCGCAGCAUGGACCCCCUACCUUUGUGGCUGACAGACCUGUUCCAGAAAGGGCUCAGUCACGAGCCCUACUCUCCUUGCCGGAGGGACUUCUAGUCAAGGAGCGUUCCCAGGGGGGCCUCGGAGUCUGGAGCGCCCUCCCAGCCCUGCCUCGUGGCUGCAUCUUUGGCCCCUACGAAGGGGAAGUGGUACGGGAACAUGGCGACUGCACCCGGUAUUCCUGGGCGGUGCAGGACAACGGCUCCUACUUCUUUGUCGACGCGUCGGAUGAUUCUAGAUCCAACUGGAUGAGAUAUGUGGCGUGCGCCUCCACCGAGGAGGAGCAGAACCUGACUGUUUUCCAGUACCGGGGCUAUAUCUACUACCGGGUCUGCCAGACCAUACCUGCCGACACAGAGCUGCUGGUGUGGAUAGGGGAGGAGUAUGCACGCACGCUGGGAUUACGCUUAGGCGAGCAUUUUAAGUACGAAUUUGGCGAGAAGGAGCUGCUGAUGAAACUCUUCCAGGAGCUGCAUCUCAAGACCCCGCCGCUGCCUCCCACUCCCCACGCCCCUUCUUCCCGCACCCAGUACCUGUGCGGAGACGCCGCCGCCACUCCCCUGCUGCCCCUCCACAAGCCAGGCCUCCCCCCGGGAGGGAGCCCUUUCCCGCUGCUGGAAGGGACGCAGAACCUGGUGGGGCUGGGGAGGGCGCAGAGCCGCUACUGGACUUUCUUUGGGUUCCAGGGGGACGCCUACGGCCGCAUCCUGGACAAGAGCAAGAUCAUCUGCAAGCUGUGCGGAGUCCGCCUCAGCUACAGUGGCAACACCACCAACCUACGCCAGCACCUCAUCUACAAGCACCGCUGCGAGUACAACCAGCUGGUUGGGACCCAGACGGCCGCUCUGGACAAAGGCGUCCUGGGGACGGCGAGCGAGUUUGGAGCCCCCCGGCCUCCCGCCCCGGGCAGGACCACGCGAGCGGUGGCCGACUUCAUCGUGCUCGACCUGAUGCCCGUGGAGGUGGUGGAAGGAGAAGGGUUUGGGCAGAUGUUGGGAGUCCUGGAUCCCAACUACAAGCCCCCAGAUGCCGCCUCCCUGGCCCACACGGUGCUGAGGGACAUGCACACCCACAUGAAAGGGAAAAUCUGGGAGCUGGUGCGGACCCUGCCCCAGUGCUCGCUCAGCUUGGACAUCUGGCGCCACAGCAACACCCUCACCUACCUCACUCUCACCGUGCACUACGUGGACGACUGCUUCGAAGCCCGGGCGAGGGUGCUCUCGAGCCGCCCCAUCCCCGAAGAGCCCAGCACCGACAGCCUGGCAGAGGCCCUCAGCGAGGCGGCCAAGGAGUGGGGGGUCCGUGAGAGCACCUUGUACACCGUCGGGGGCCUUGGGCUCACUACCCAGCAGGCCGCGGCGGCGCUCGGUUGGACCGCCCUGCCUUGCAUUGGGCAGGCCUUGCGAGCCGCCAUGGAGGCUGUGCUGAGCCAGCCGGCAGCGCAGGGUGCCUUCGAGCGGCUGCGGCGCCUGGCGUCCUGGGCGCUGGCCGGGGCAGGCCGUGGCGAGAAACUGUGGGCCCAGGAGCCCCUCCUGCAAGCGCACCUCGGCCGCUUCCUGCGGGACGGGGGCAAGUGGCACAGCGCCUAUGCCGUCCUGCAAGGCCUGCUGGAGCACAGCGACCCUCUGGCGGGGCUCGGCCCCGACGGGGAGGCGACGCUGCGCCCCCAGGACUGGGCUGCCCUUCGGGACGCGGCCAAGGUCCUCAAGCCCAUGGCCAUUGCUACCUCGACAUUCACCAAAGACCCCUUUUCCAGCCUGUCCCUCGUCAAGCCUGUGCUCACCAGCCUUCUCUAUAAACACCUGGUGGGCAGCGAGUGGGACUCCGCCUUGGCGCUGGAAGCCAAGGCCGCGGCCCAGAAGGAACUGAACCAGCACUUCUCCAGCCCAGACGUCAACCAAGCCCUCAACCUGGCUUGCGCCCUGGACCCGCGCUUCCGCGGCCUCGACUUCCUGAGCCACUCGGACCGCGUGGAAACUCUCCACUUGCUCAAGGCGGAAGCGUCGCGGUUGGCAGAGUCACCGGCAGUGCAGGCCUCUGGCCCGCCGGGCAUGGCCUUGCCCCCAUCACCGCCGGCCAAGGUGCCAAAGCAGGACGCAGGCAUCGAGUUCCUGCUGGGGGACCUGUGCAGCAUGCGCGCCGCCUCGGGCGCCAGCUCGGCACAUCAGCAGGUGGAGCAGGAGGCCAGCAGCUUUCAGUCCAGCAAGGCCUCCGCCCUCGGCCAGGACCCUCUGCAAUGGUGGAAGACGCACCACACACAGUACCCGCUGCUGGCCCGGGCGGCCCGCAAGCUGCUUGGCGUGCCUGCCACCUCGGUGCCCGCGGGCUGGCUAUUCAGCAGCGCCGGCGACGCCAUGCACACCAAGCGGCAGGCCCUGACGCCAGAGCACGUCGAUAUGCUGGUGUUCCUCCACGGCAACCGAGCCAUGCUCUAUUAGGACACAGGGAAAGGAAGUCGGUGGCUUGGGUGAGCAGGGCACCCUUCUUUGCCUGCCCCCCGAUGGUGCGAGGGUGGCAAAAAUGCUUCCGGAGAACCCUCUUCCCUUCCUUCUUUCCUCCCUUCUUUCUUUCCCUGUGGGACAGGCUUAAUGCUCUGUGUGGUUUUGAGAGAGAAGAGGGUGAAGAGGAGCAGAACAAACCAUUUGGGCGCUUUUUUGGAGAGGGGUGGUGGUGCCUGUCCAUCAUUCAGAAACAGCCUGGUACGAAAAGAUAAUAGAUAUGGCCAUAGUAGUCAUUUUGAAGAACAGGAAUGGUCCAUUUUAAGGUUGGGGGGGGAGGAGGCUGAGGACAGAAGUGGUCCAUCAAAGGGGUGGGAGGCCUGAUGUGAAGGAAUAGUCCACGUGCCACAAGGGAAAAGGGGUGUGUGAACAUGAGGGAGGAGGUGCGUCUGGCUUGCACAGCGCGUCUCUCGCUUGCAUUGCAGCCCCAUUUUUCUCUCCUGCUUGGUAGAAGAUGCGCAGCAGCAAA